GCGACAAUUUCUACAACCCACACUUCAUCAUCCUUCGAGUCCACUGUAACGACCAGGAACCAUGACUAAAGUGACAUCGAGAUGGGCACACUCUAGCGAGGUGUCCGGGUUGGCUUACACUCCCGAUGGAAGCCAUAUAGUAACAUCCUCCUCUGAAGAGUUCGAUAUGCAUCUAUUUCCGCAGAAGGGAGACAAAUCCAUCCUAAGCGCUGAUAAAAUAGAGCUUCAGGAACCCGCGAACUGUCUCGUUGCUACCCAAAGCCACAUUUUCACAGGGUCCAGCGACGGUGUUCUUCGACAAUAUAGCAUUGAGGACAAGAUGUUCGUGGGAGUCAUAGUUCGAUACGAGCUUGGGGUCCGAUGCCUCGCCAUAUCACCCGACGAGAAUCUGUUGGCUGUGGGAACAGAGGCGACAGAGAUCAACAUUAUUAACCUGGAGGAUCCGGAAAAAUGCUGGUCAUUCAAGGGCCACAAGAAAGCUAUUAAUUCUCUAUCCUUUGACCCCCUGGGAGAAUUCUUGCUGUCAUCGAGCUGUGAUGGCACAGUGAUCGUUUGGGCUCUGAAGACAAAGAAUACGGAUCCUCUUGAGAUCAUCAACAUCGUCCCUCCAACUACAGCAGACUCAACAACGAAGAUUCCAGUUGCAUGGCACCCGUCCAACGAGUUUUUCGUCAUUGGCAAAGACAAAGAUAUUACUGCACACCACAGACACACAUGGAAAAAGUCAUUUACAUACAGAACUGGAUCCUCAAACCCUGUCAGAUGCCUCGCAUGGUCACCGAACGGAAAGUUCCUAGCUGCCUCCUCAACAAAUGCCGAGCUUUGGGUUUGGCAGUACAAGGAGAAGGAGAGCCCAUUACUCAUACACAAACACAAGAACGGAGGAAUCACAAAUAUCGUAUGGACUCCCGAUGCAAACCGCCUUGUGUUUGCUGACACAGCGGGAGAGCUGUCUCGCUGGGACGAUGUUAUCGACUCUGAGAAGGGUACUCCAUUCGAUGUGCCAAAGCCUGACCCGUUGGAUGGACUUUUUGAUGAUGCCGCUGCAGAAGACCCUAAUAUUGAGGACCAAGAAAUGGCACAGGACUAUUUGAGCGAAAAUGAAUCGCUGAAUGAUUUUAUCGUGGAGGACGAGAACAAUACGUACUUAGAAAAGAAACCAGGCUCAUCAGGUCACAAAGCAGGAUUGAGUACGCAGGCUGUCAAGGAACUGCAUCCCCGUUUCCAAUCAGGAUCGACUGCUGCGCGUGAUGACAGACGAUACCUCGCAUUCAAUCUCCUGGGCCUCAUUACAAGCGUCAAUCACGGCACACAUGCGACUGUAUCUGUCGAGUUCCACGACAGGGUCGCCCAUCGCGGCUUCCACUUUACUGACAACUCUCACUACUCGAUGGCGUGUCUCGGGGCAACUGGAACCCUUUUUGCUGCGGCAUCGAAUGACGGAAACUCGAGCACUGUAUUUUACAAGACUUAUGACAGCUGGGCUACGAAGUCGGAAUGGCAGGUCUACUUACCUGAAGGAGAGGACGCAACAGCUAUCGCUCUGAAUGCCGAGUCUGCUAUCGUGGCAACAUCGCGUGGAUACAUCCGUGUGUUUUCACAAAGUGGAAUUCAGACAGCGCUUUUUAGCGUAGGAUCUGUCAUUGCUGCUGCCGGAAAGGACGACAUGGUACUUCUCGUAUAUAACCACGGAGAACCCUUCGAAGGGUCACAAAACCUGGGAUAUGUCAUCUAUAAUGUCGAGACUGGUCAGCGGAUACAACAGGGCGCGGUUCCAGUCGCAGACGACACUUUUAUUACAUGGCUGGGCUUCUCAGAAGGUGGUAUUCCCGCCUUCUAUAACGACAGGGGUGUGUUGUAUAUUCUCAAUUACUAUCGCCGAGUCGAUCAGGGACAAUGGACACCCAUUUUGGACGGCACCUUGAUAGAUGCCGAAUCGGAUAUCCGUCCCCAUUAUUGGCCGAUCGGCUUUACAGAUCAGACAUUGACUUGUGUCAAGUGCAGAAAAGGAGAGUUUGAACCAGUGUUCCCGAAGCCCAUUGUGUCGGAGCUAUCGCUGAGGAUGCCCACUCUCUAUCAAGAUACUGUGGCUGGGAAACAUGAGGAAGGAUGGCUCCGUCAAAAGAUUCUAUCUGGACUUAGCAAGGACGAAAAGAUAGCCAUGUCCUUUGAACGCACCGACAACGUUGUGGCGAAGAAGGAGCUCGAAAUGGACAAGCUGGCUCUCCAGAUGAUCGAUUUAGCUUGCAAAGCUGAUCGAACACAAAAGGCGCUGGAUCUAACAGCGAUGCUUUGCAACUUGAAAUCCAUCGAUGCCGCGGUCAAAAUUGCUCAUCAUCAUAAUCUCCACAGUUUGAUGGAGCGUAUGAACAAGGUCAAGGAGAUCAAAAUGAUGGAGGAGCAAGAUAAGGAUCCAAAUGCGGAGAUGGACCUGAUUAUGGCCAAUCCUGUUCUUGCCGAGCUAACCGCGAAGGAUCAGCGCACUUACAGAGUAUCAUCAAGGGAGGAGGAGGAAGAGUUGGAGAGAAGAACAAUCCAGCGGAGGGACCCUGUCAAGCCGAAUGAUCCAUUCGGACGACGUGUCGUCAAGGAGACUAACACCAGCAAGGCAAUCAGCGGUCAUGUUUCGACAUCAGCCAGUUCUGGAGCAGCCAAUCCAUUUAAGAAAAAGAGUGGAUUGGAUGCCAUGGGUCCGCCUAGAGGGUUUGGCAACAUCGUGAAGGAGUCCGACAAGAAUGCGUUGCCAAUCACACGACGAGCAACAGAUGUAUUUGAGGCCGCAGAUUAUUUGGUAGCGGAUGAACAGAGGACAAAAGCAGAAAGGGAGAAACAAUCACGACAGGAAGAUCUGCUGAGGAAGAGAAAGGCCAACGGCGCAUCGUCCUCUACGAAUGGCGGACAAAAGACCCUCAACAUGUUCAGUAAAAAAUCGGCAACGGAGUCCUCUGUAACAGCAGAGGCCAAGCGGUUCAAGAAGCAGCAGGAUGAAGAUAAGGAUAUGGAUGCACCGAUGGAUGAGGACGACUUUCUGGAGGAUGCCAUGCGAGAGGAAGAUGCAGCAGCAGCAGUCCAGAUCCCAGGCACGCAGGAGGAGGAAGAGCUAGAAGAGUCCCUUGAAGAGACGCGAGGCCAGCUGGAGAAGACACGUGUGGCGGCAUCUUUCUCGCCCGUCAAGAGCCCAUCUUCUGUGCUCGCGGGCUUCAAGUUCAAUGGCGCGUAAGCUGCCCAGCAUCCAGUCCUUUCUCAGAUACAUAUCGCAUACAGAAUAAAGUAAUGACAGUCUGCAG